AUGUCUUCAGAGGAGCUCAUAGAGAGAUUCCAGAGCAUUGGGCUUUCUGCACCCAAAGCCAAGGAGUACGCAAGAAAUGCAAAGACCUCUGCUGCUUUUGUGGAAGUCUUAGACGAAGGCAAGGUGACUAGCGAGAAUGAGAAGAAGCUCAGUCUUUUAUACAACUUGGCCGUUUUGGCCAAAAAUGACGGACUUGACCCCAAGCACCGUUCCUUGGUUACAAAGGCUGUUGUUGAUGAACGCCUCAAAACAAAUCUCCAGAUCCAGGAAGCUGUGAAGUAUCUCAAAACCAAAGGGGACGACGCUACUGAGGAAGGAAUGAACGAGGUAUCCGGUGUGGGCAUUGAGAUCACCAAGGAUGACGUCCGCAAGGAGAUUUUAAACUACAUUGAGCAGAACAAGGAGGAUGUGUUGGCUAGAAGAUACGCUGGUGUUCCUUCGCUCUUGGGCCAGGCCAAGAAGAUUCCUGCUUUGAAGUGGGCUGCUCCAACUGACUUCAAGCCUGUGGUGGAUGAAAUUGCAUUGGAGCUUUUUGGCCCCAAGGAUGAAAGAGACGUGGUCAAAAAGGAGAAGAAGAAGAAAGAACCCAAGACCGAAAAGACUAAACAGCCGGUGAAGGAGAGAUCCAUGUACACUGAGGGAUUCUUGGGAGAGUUGCACAAGCCAGGCCAGAACCCACAGGCAUUCCCUGAAUUGAUGGAUGAACACUUGGCUUUCACGAAGGGUAAGGUCUUCACGAGAUUCCCUCCAGAGCCAAACGGAUUCCUUCACAUUGGUCACUCCAAGGCUAUCAUGGUGAACUUUGGCUAUGCUAAAUACCAUGGCGGCAACUGUUACUUGCGUUUUGACGAUACCAACCCUGAAGCCGAGGAGGAGGUUUACUUCAACUCCAUCAAGAGCAUGGUGUCGUGGCUUGGAUUCGAGCCUUGGAAGAUCACCUACUCUUCCGACUACUUUGACCAGUUGUACGAAUUGGCCGAGAAGUUGAUCGAGGUUGGAAAGGCUUACGUUUGUCACUGUACUCCCGAGGAGGUCAAGGCCCAGAGAGGCUUGAAGGCUGAUGGAACCUUGGGUGGUGAGAGAUUCCCAUCUCCAUAUGCUUCCCGUACUGUGGAGGAGAACUUGACCGAGUUCAGAAAAAUGAGAGACGGUCACUACAAGCUGGGUGAGGCUGUUUUACGUAUGAAACAGGAUAUCCAAUCCCCCAACCCUCAAAUGUGGGACCUCGUCGCUUACCGUGUGUUGAACGCCCCUCACCACAGAACCGGUGACAAGUGGAAGAUCUACCCUACUUAUGACUUCACCCACUGUUUGGUUGAUUCCUUCGAGAACAUCUCUCAUUCCUUGUGCACAACUGAGUUCCGCUUAUCCAGAGAGUCUUACGAGUGGUUGUGUGACGCUUUGCAUGUUUAUAGACCCGCCCAGAGAGAAUACGGUCGUCUCAACAUCACAGGUACGAUUUUGUCCAAGAGAAAGAUCGCCAAGUUGGUCAACGACGGCCACGUGAGAGGCUGGGAUGACCCUAGACUUUACACUUUGGAAGCCAUCAAGCGUCGUGGUGUUCCUCCAGGAGCCAUUUUGUCAUUUAUCAACACUUUGGGUGUGACGACUGCCACCACUAAUAUCCAGGUUGUCAGACUCGAGAGUGCUGUUAGAGCCUACCUUGACAGCACCACACCUAGAUUGAUGCUUUUGCUGGAGCCAUUGUUGUGUGAGGUGGUGAACGUGGACGAGGAUUUUGUCGAAGAGGUUGAAAUUCCAUUCAAGCCUGGUGCCGAGGACAAGCUUGGCACUAGAAAGCUCAAGUUCACCAAGAGAUUCUACAUCGACCGUUCCGAUUACAGAGACGAGGUCGACAAGGAAUACUUCAGAUUGGCACCUGGCCAGCCUGUUGGUUUGAUGAAGGUUCCAUAUAACGUUUCCGUGCACGAGGUUAUUAGAGAUGAAUCUGGUAAGGUGACUAAGUUGUUGGUGAACUACGAUUCGGACGCCAAGAAGAAGCCCAAGACGUUUAUCCAGUGGGUGGGUGAGAGCAAUGUCAAGAAGAUCAAGGAGACCAGAUUGUACAACCAGUUGUUCACCAGUGAGAACCCUAGCGCUCAUCCUGACGGUUUCUUGACUGACAUCAACCCUGAGUCCGAAGAGGUCUUCAAGGACUCAAUCAUCGAGGCUGGCGGAUUCAACGAAAUUGUCAAGAAGUCUCCAUUAAACAUUGGUAUCGAAGGCUCUGAUUUCAACAUCAAUGAAACUGAAGGCCCUCAGACCGUCAGAUUCCAGGCCCUUAGAAUCGGCUACUUCUGCAUGGACAAAGACUCUAACGGGGACGAUGUUGUCUUGAACAGGAUUGUCACAUUGAAGGAAGAUUCUGCCAAGGCCUAA